UUAUAACAUUAAAUAAACAGUUAUUUUGUGUAUGGUAUGGCUAAGACUCUAGCUUGGAGUAGUUUGUUGGAGCAUGGACUGUUUUCUGUGUUAUAUUUAGCAGCAUCAGAGUUAUUUUUGGCCAAGUGUGUAAACCAUACAGUCAGUUUAUCUCAGGUGCUGUGACUCUAAGUGUACUUUCACAUGAGAACUAAUUCUAUUUUAAUCCACUUUUAGAAAAGGCAUCGUUUUUCAACACAAUCUCCUUGCUUUUGCAAACCUUUUGUCCACCUGGGAUCCAGUGUUUCCCCAUCAGGACUGGCUCCAGUAAAAUGUAUUUUUCUUGUAAUUAAUACCCUGGAAUUAAGAUGGAGGUCACUUCAUUCAGUACGGCUGCAAGUGUUGCCGUUACGGAGAAGGAUGGGAAUGGAGGACAACACAAAGCCAUGCUGUGGUCAGUCCAGGAAGCUGCAGAGAGGUAUACAGAACAGAUUGGAGUUUCAGCUUGUGGCGCUACAGCAGUAGUGGAUGUGCUCCAGGCUCUGGGGAUUACGGUGGCGCCGGAAACAGCUGACCGCUGUGUUCAGACAAAGUUAAGAAGGAAUAAUUCUCCAUUGCCUGAUUACCUUCACUCACGCAGCGAAGCUGGUGCCACGCAUGUUCAGCUAAUAGAUGGAGCAAAGGAAGCUAGUGGUGGACGAGUGCUGGGCAGAUUCUUUGGUUUCUUCCCCUCGAGGCAGGUGAAUUUGGUGCCUUGGCUGGCACACUGGAUUCGACAGAGAGCUGUACCUGUGGCCACCAUGAACAUGCAGCGUGGAGUGGCAGAAGGUGAAGAGAUCCCUGACGCCUGGCAUCACCAGCUGAUAUUUGGGGUGACACCCAAUGCUGUUUUCAUGACAAAUCCAUUGGAUAUGGUUAGUGAAGAGGAGUUACAUGUGCGUCUGUGCAGUGAGUCUGUGCUGUUGAUACGUCGUGAAGAUGUUUUAAAGAGAUUAACGUCAGACUCGCUUCUGCCACUGAUCUCAGACCAUCAGAACGAUCCCCGCUGGAAAACUCUUAACGUGGAAGGUCAAGUUAGAAAAAUGAUCGAUGAAGAAAACUGUGAGGAAGACCAUCCAAAGAUGACGCACAUAACAAUCCCAGCAGCGUACAGCUCAGGAAUUACAAUUUUUGCUCUCAGGAAUUCAUCUACUGGUCAGGAGCUCCUCGGUGCCCCUGAGCUGCCUUUGCUGUGAUUUGAAAGUUUCUGCUGUGUUUUGUCUAAUUUUCAGAACUGAGAUUUCUCCACCUGUAACUGAUGUUUGGUGUCAGAAACUGUUAAUAAUUCCCUAUUUACUAUUUCAUAGUCCGGGCAACAACCGUCCACCUGUAAACCUGAGAGAUUGAUUUAGUUUUUUUGCAGACACAACACUACCAUAAAUCUAUGAUUACCCCUUCUGCGUUCAUUUCAAAGGGCAGCAAACUAUUUUUGUUAUAUAUAACAGGUUGUGUUCUGUUUUCAAAAGCUUGAAAAUUUUUCAUUCUUUUUCUCAUUUCUAGGCUAAUUAUUUGCUUGCUGACACACAAGAUAAGUUAAAUCAGGCUACAUUGCCAAAUAGCAUGAUUAAGUAUCAGAACUGUGCUUUAAUCACCAGAUGGUGACGUAAAAACUAACCAACAUCAUAAAUAGCCUACAUACACAGGAUUAUGGCUGCAGGUGCCCCAUCUGUCAGUAUUUCAGACUCCUCCAUCUCUAAACAGAAGGUUUUAAAUGCAACUGUGAACCACCAGGACUAGUUUACCUUGGAACAAAAAGCGCCUGCAUGU